AAGAAAUUCGAAGAAACCAACGAUACUAAGGGAAGGGAUACGACGAACCUGUGUUUACCUAAAUGUACAAAUACAUAAAUAAAUAACCAAACCCAGCAUGACGAAUAAAUACAUUAACGAUAACGACAACAUAUUAGAAUCAACCAGCAAAACCAGGACGUGCGACUGCAUAAACUGCUUGGGUAAAUCCACCCUAGAAGACAUCGACGUCCUGCUGAAGCGCCUCGACAUAAUCCGAAAAUGUUGUCCGAUAUUCGAACAAUGCAACUCCAUCAAGCGCAACCCUCUAACCCGCGACCGCUCCAGGUCGAGGAUCCCCUUGGCGAUCCACCGGCUCAAGAAAGACACCAACCUCUGCAGCCUGUCUUACGUGGAACCCACCAAAUCGCACUCCGCCGAUAGCAUCGACGACGCCUCCGCGUCCUUCUACCGCAACAAGUCGCUGGAGCGCACCAGCAUCAUCAAGCAGGACGCCCAGAAGGGCGCCAAGAGCGGCAAGAAGGUGACUUUCAGCGAGCUGAACACCGCCAACCGGCCCAAGUUGCACAUUGAUCUGUGCGACCUGCAGCGCGCCGGAGACGAGGACGACGUGGACGGGCACCUCGACGAGGACCGCAGGAUCCUGGAGGAUAAGAUACACCAGAUCAACAAUUUGAGGAGGGAGUGGCUGUUGAGAAAUUCGAGCGGGGUGAUCGAUGGGUAUAAGGACACGAGUAGGACUUAUAGGAUUUGGUGAGGCGUGGAGUUUGUGGUGGGUCUUCGAUUUGUU